AUGAUACUGGAACAAAUAUUUCACUUAUCAGUAGCGGAUAAUGAAGAGCGUCAAGAAAAUUCUCCUAUGACUCCAGCUCUUAAUAAGUCAGGAGCUAGGAGUGCAUCAACUUCUCCGUUAAAUCCGCGUUAUUCUGUUGAAAUUACACCAACAAAUUCUCCUCUUCGUCUUCGACGUCGGCGAGACCCAACACCGUUUAAUGUCUUGGUUAUUGGACUUCAUGGAUCUGGGAAGACUAGUUUUAUUGAGUUUCUUCGUGAUCAAUUGGAUACAGUGAGAGAUCGGCAUUCUUUAGACGCAGAUGAGGUGAUUAAACAUGAAGAUCAAUUGAAUCAAGAAUUUGUUAGUUAUUUUGCGGAUGGAGAAAUAAAUGGGGAACGUAUUGCAGUGACUUUAUGGGAUAGUCGUGGAUUUGAUAUAGCAAGAGAUGCUAAAAUUGUUGAUCUUCAAAUGGAUGAGAUAAGGUUGUUUUUAGAAAGUAAGUUUGAAGAAACGUUUUUGGAGGAAACCAAAGUUAAGCGGCCACAUAAAAAUAUUGAUACACAUAUUCAUUGUGUAUUUUAUUUGAUAGAUCCAAUGUCUCCUUAUUUUCAAUAUGAUACAUCGGUAGAUCCACUAGAUAUUUUGAUUAUAAAAAGAUUAAGCAAGUAUACCACGAUUAUUCCUAUUAUAUCUAAAGUGGAUACGUGUACAAAAUAUCGCGUUGAGAAUAUAAAAUAUGUAUGGAGAAAAGAAAUGGAGAAAAAUGCUAUGAAUUUUUUAGAAUUUCUUGGAGAUGGAGAAAAUCAUGAUGAUGACUCAAAAGACAUAUCAAUUUCUAAUUGUAGUCAAGAAGAAAAUUACGAUGAAGCACGUAAUUUACUGCCUUUUGGUUGUAUGUCACCUGAUAAGAUGCAAAAACAAUCUUUUCAUUUUAAAACAAAGACUGUGGCUGAAGUGUGUAGAGAAUAUCCUUGGGGAAAAGCUGAUCCGUUGAAUAAAAAACAUUGUGACUUUCUUUUAUUAAAAGAAAUGGUCUUUGGAGAAUGGAGAAAUGAAAUGCGAGAAUUUUGCAAAGAAGUUUUGUAUGAAAAUUGGCGUACUGAUAGACUUGAAAAACUAGGCAAUAUUUCAUCAAAAAUGACAAAAUUUGAAAAUUAG